GCGUUUUUCAAAAGCAAGGUUAGGGUAGUAGUAAUAGUGGUCUGACUCGUGGUUUAUUUUCAAUUUGUGUCCUCUUAUAUGUGGGAUCGACUUCAGUGCUAACUAGGAAAUAUAAUGGAGUGCGAUAAUGUUGAUGAUGAUUUUGACAUUUCGGAGGCCAGGCAACUCGUAAAAACAAUGAACAGGAAGAAUAGAAAAGCUGGGGGUUUUCAAUCGAUGGGUCUCAGUGUAGCAACUUUUAACGGAAUAAUAAAGAAGGGUUACAAAAUACCAACUCCAAUUCAGAGAAAGGCUAUUCCUAUAAUAUUAUCUGGUCGUGAUGUCGUUUCUAUGGCGCGCACCGGGAGUGGAAAAACCGCAGCAUUUUUGAUACCACUUUUUGAAAAAUUUCCAUGCCACUCACCUGCCGGUCCACGUGCCUUAAUCAUGAGUCCAACAAGAGAACUGGCUAUUCAAACCUUGAAUUUUACAAAGGAGCUCGGUAAAUUUACACCUCUCAAGGCCACAAUAAUUCUUGGAGGUGACAAAAUGGAAGAACAGUUUGCAGCACUUCACAAAUCUCCGGAUAUAAUUAUUGCUACACCAGGGCGAUUUUUGCACAUCUUAAUGGAAAUGAACUUAUCUCUAAAGUCUAUCGAAUAUGUUGUGUUUGAUGAAGGAGACCGGCUUUUCGAACUUGGAUUUGCAGAACAGCUUUCGGAAACUUUGAAACGUCUGCCACGUAGUCGUCAAACCCUAAUAUUUUCGGCAACAUUGCCUAAAAACUUGGUCGAAUUUGCACGUGCUGGACUAGUAGAUCCUAUUCUACUUCGACUAGACUUACAUUCUAAACUGAGUCAAGACUUAAAGUUAGCACACAUAACUUGCCUUCCAGAGGAGAAAAAUGUAAUUAUUGUACAUUUAUUGGGAAAGGUCAUACACAAGGAUGAGCAAGCUGUAGUGUUUUUUGCUACCAAGCAUCAUGUUGAAUCCUUUCAAAUGUUAUUAACCGAUCUUGGCUUCGGAUGUACGUGCAUUCAUUCAGGACUUGAUCCAAGCGCAAGAAAUCUUGCUCUAAAGAAAUUUCGUUCUCGAACUGCUCGUGUGCUACUUGUAACAGAUGUAGCUGCAAGAGGUGUGGAUAUUCCUCAUCUUGAUAAUGUAAUUAAUUUCCAUUUUCCUGCCCAGCCCAAACUCUUUUUGCACCGAGUGGGUCGUGUCGCUCGUGCUGGUCGACGUGGGGUUGCUUAUUCUUUAGUCGAUCCCGAAGAGUUACCUUAUCUAUUAGAUGUAUUCAUGUUUUUAGGUAAAGAGUGGAAAGUAUGUCAAUCAUCAAACAAACAAGUGGAAUGGGAGAGUGACUGUGUUGGCAGAGCACCAAGAAGCAUUAUGAGCAGUCUGGCCGCUCGUAUUGAGAGUAUCUCAUCUGAAAAUUCUUCUCUUGAAUCAAUGAAGAAGGUUUGUGUCAAUGCGAUGAAACGAUACCUCCAAACUCGUCCGAAUGCAUCUUGGGAAUCUAUUCGACGUGCAAAAGAUCUAAGAGAUGCACACUUUUCAUUGCCUGUUCAUCAGAUUUUUGAUAAUUCAGCAGAGAAAGAAGAUGUAACAAAUAAUGAAAUAUUAGGUGUUAUACGACAACUCAAAUUACCUACUAUAUUUGAAGCUUUGGGUAAACAUGUGAAUCCUGAAGCUUUUGCUACAAUGACCAAAAAAAGAAAGCUACAUGAUCACAUUAUAGCGCGUCGUGCAGCUCAGCGAGCGGUCGGUCAAACCAACAAUGUACUGAAAAAUUUAGUAGAAAGAAAGGUCUCAUUAACUGAUCAAUUAGGUGUAUGUAAUGCUAACGAUGAAAUGUCGGAUAAUUUGGAAAAUAUUGACUUCUUUGUACCAUAUUCACGUGGUGAUGAAGCAACAGAGAAUGGAUUGUCAAUUACUGGAACAAAAAGUCAAUUUUGUUUAGAUGCAGCAGCAGCUUCAUUAGAUUUACCAAAUGAUGAAUCACAACAAGUCCAUGGUGGAGUUGCAGGAUCACAUAGUCGAAAGCUUGUUUGGGAUCGUAAACGCAAACGAUUUACUGGAAUGGAUGCUGCUCAAGGUAAAGCAAAUAUGAAACGUAUUAAAACUGAAAGUGGUGUAUGGAUUCCUGCAUCAUACAAAACAGACAAGUGGGUCAUAAUCAUUAAUUGAGUCUAAUUUUCCCCAAAAAUAUAUCACCAAUCACCGUAAUUGAUUUAUUUUACUUAAUAGCAUUCAGUGUAUAAAUGAGUAUAUACAGUUGUCCAAAUUGAAAAUCAAAGGACAAAUAUGUGUUGGUUUGUUUAUGAAAUAAAGUGAAGUAUUAACCCCUAAAUAAUGCUUCUAAUGUAUUUUAUUUUACAUAGUUAUAUUGAAGUGCAAUUGUAUGACAAAACGAGGGACUUACUAACCUCUUACAAUUAAUUGCACACUAUUCUAUUCUAACUGUGACUUGUUUUUUUCCAUAAUGUAAAACCUCUCUUCCAGAAAAUCAAACAUGAUAUUGGUGUGGUAGAUUCAACAGAAUGUAAUGUAGUUGCUACAGAAGAAGACUGUGUUGCUACCGUGUACCUACCCUAUGACAUUUCUCGAUUGUCUCCUAUAGUUCAUUCGUAUUAAAGAUGCAAGUGUUCCAUCAUACCUAAAAUUUGUUCAACCUUUAAAUUCUAUUUAAGAAUCGUUUGGUGAUAUUAAUAGUGAUAUAUCUUUAUCUACCCUACUUAUCAAAUCCAAUAUCUGCGGAUUUUGUGUACAAUGAUCUUUUUCGACCCUCCUUAUAAUAGCAUAACAUCAUUGUUCAAAAUUCCUCCAUAAUCUAUUUUUUACCUAAUGAUUUUUUAGCAUGCUAUAAUUAAGGAAAGUGUUUUAUACCGUUUUGCUCUUCAACUGUACGCCUUCCGCAACCAAUUCAACAUUUAGUUCGUGGGCUAAGCUUAACGGUAUUCACCUGUUUUAUCCAGCCAAUGAAAGCGACAAUAUAUAUAUUUUGACUCCAACCGUUAUAUUCUUUUCCUUUUGUUAAGAUAUAAACUGUGGCUUAAAAAAUCCAAGUCGGAUAUUAUACAGGAAACAAGCAAAUCGGCAGAAGAAUCAUCCUCUGCUAUCGAUGCUUCAAAUAUGCAUAAAAAAUUUGCAAAUUAUGGUGAUGUAAUAGAAUUACCUGAUACAAAUGAAGUGACCGGCAAACAAAAUCAUUCUUUAAAAUCAUCAAUAAGGAAAAAGAGUAAAAAACAGCAAUUAACACCAAAAUUUGCAGUUAUUGGAUCACAAAAAUGGCAAGACCGAGCAAAUUCUCGACAGAAAGAACGUUUACAGAAUGCAGAAGAAAGGAAAAAAAUACGCAAACCAAAAGGAUCUCGAACAUUUGGUCAACUCAGGCUACCUGAGCAAAUAUUAAAGCAACGCAAAUUGCGCGAAAAACAAAAACAACGUGCUUGGAAAAAUAAAAAUAAUAACCAGUCACACAAAAAACGGAAACGUUAAAUUAUUUUAACUAUACUAAUUCUUGUACAGUUAAUUCUUUUUCUUUUGAGAUGACGUAUUUAAGUAAUCAGGAUUUUAUUGUGAACAAUAUACACCUUACUGUUUAUGCCUUUUGAAAAGUUAAUGGUGGGCUCUUUUAUUAAAACACUAAGAAAUGAGCUAGUUCUGCAUUUCACGAUAUAACCGCUGUAAAGUCCGUGACCGUACAUUGUUGGAACCUGUUUUUGGUGUAGUGCGUUAAUUUUUCUGCAACACUGCGGUGAGGGGAGUCGAUUAUCAUAGAUCUUAAUGAUAAACUAGGGUUGUUUAGGUAGUCAUUUCUAGAAGUAUCAGUAUAGCAGUUUAUAUGAAGAACACAAUGGUAAAUUGGACAGAUUUUUCUUUCAUUAGAUAAUAUUCGUGUACAGCGUAGCAGAAACCUUAACUACAGUUUACAGUCACUGCUCUGUCAUCUGCUGUCCACAAAACAUCCAAUGCUUUUUUUCUUGCAUAAUAAUGUCCGACCUGUUAGAAAAAUGUUUAAUAGUGAAUUACUAGUGCCAUUUUUAUCAACACUUGUUACCCCUAAUGGAGCAUAGGCCGCCGACCA